GCCUAUAAAGCCCGCGCCGCCUCGCCGGCCGCCCUCUUUGCGUCCGUGUCUCGGCGAGGCGUUCGUUUCCUGACUCACCGCUGUUCCCCGGGCCUCGCGCGCUUCGGCCAGGAAUAAGUCGGUCAGGAAGGCUCCGCGGCGGCCAUGGUGAGGGAGACUGGGCCUCAGGAGGCGCGCGGGAAAGAGCCCUCGCGCCGACGGGUUGCCAUGGAUGUUGGAGACGUUCGAAUUUAACGGUUGCGUCUAAGGCCCCCUCCCCAACCCAAGCCACCGUCUCGCGCGUGCGCUCUCACUAGCUGCUCCGAGGUCGUGGCUCUCGGUUCUUCUUUCCUUUAUGCCUCAUUAAAAGCCCACCGUGGGUAGAGGCGUGCCCUCUUUCGGGGAGGGGGUUAUUGGUUCGUUCUUGUUUUUAUUACGUGUUUUUCUGUUCCCGUUUUGUAGUUUUUAUGUUGUGAACCGCCCUGCGAUCUUACGAAGAAGGGCGGUAUACAACUUUAAUAAAUAAUGGUAAUAGGCGGGGAGGAUACGUUUCCAUUCCCGCGUCUCCAGAAAGAUGGGGCUUCUGCUGUUAAGAGGCACGCGUAAGAUCCCAUUUUGAUGUUCCUCGGUAUGUUCACCAGAUCAAGCUUUAAUGCCGUUUUAGCUGCAGCUCUCAGGAAGUAAACCCCGUAGAACAAAGUCGGAUUUACGAAUAAAUAUGCACAGAUAGGAUCGGGCUGCGCAAAAUACCGAUUUGCGGCUGCUUGGUUAUACCGAGGUUUAGAACCAAGUAGGACGGCUGUGUCCACGUGCUGCAGAGAAAAGGCCUCUUUCUUCGCUGUUAACUCGCGUGGUGGAGAGAUGUUUUCGUAGGCCCUUAAGAACUACAAAGAUUCUUAACUUUGAACACUUUCGAUAUCGUUGUCCACUGGGGCUCUUGUUAUAUAUGUUUUUGCUUCUGUUUUACUUUUAUUGUUUCUUACUACAUGGAACAUUUUGUUAAAAGAGCAGGAUAUGCAUUAUGAAAAUAAAUAGCUCUUCAUCUCAGUCACCAAACUUGCAGUUUUGUAGUCAGUGAAUAAGGUUUGCUAGAUCCUAAUUUCAAAUUCAAGGGACACAUGGUGUAUUGCCUGGGUCUUUUAACAGAGCCCAAGUGGUCAGUAAAAGCUUUUUGUGCAGUCCUAUAUUGAGAAGUCGGUCAUGGGACACCUUUCAUGACAAAUACUUGUACGCCUACAAAGUUACUCUUUACUGAGUAUCCUGGGGGUUUUGUUCUUCAGCAUUGAAAGUGUAAAUAAUUAUACUUAUUCCUAGUCACAAAAGGCUAAGAUAUAUCAAUUAAUGCUUGAGUUUGAGCAAGUUGUUGCUGUUGUAAAGAUAAUGCAGAAAAUGCCUUCCUAUGUGUGUUUACUGUUUUAUGAUGUGCAGAGUGCUAAAUGCUUCAUUUCUGCUUAGUACUGUAAUGGUGGAGGGAAAGAGUCCAAUAUGUGCGGUAGAUCUUAUUUAUGAUUUUAAAGAUUGAUUUGAAUUAGUUUUUGAGGUUGCAAAACUAGCAUCAAACGAAUGCCAGAACUUAUCAUUACAACCCAUUUCUUUCAGGCAUUUAAAGAUACUGGGAAAGCACCUGUAGAACAGGAGGUAGCAAUUCAUCGAAUCAGAAUCACCUUGACAAGUCGCAAUGUGAAGUCACUUGAAAAAGGUAAGUAGCAAAAUAGCUGAUAGGAUCUAACCCUGAUAGAUCAGUCCAGUGACCCAUCUGGUUCAGCAUCCUGGUCUCACAUGGGAAACCCACAGGCAGGACCUGGGUACAUAUUCAGAGGCAUAGUUCAGCCAUUGAUAGCCUUAUCUUCUUUGUCUAAUGCGCUGUAUGAAGAAAUGCUUUCUUCUGCCUGUCCUGAAUCUUCCACCAUUCAGUUUCAUUGAAUGCCUGUGGAUUCUAGUGUUAUCAGAGCAUGAAGAAAACCUUUUCUAUGCCAUGCAUGAGUUUAAACACUUCUGUCAUGUUGCCUCAUACUCUCCUUUUUUUGUAAACUAAAAAGCCAUAGUUGCUGUAACCUUGCUUAGGGGAAAUUUCUCCUCUCGAUCAUAUUGGUUGCCCUUUUCUGCACCUUUUCCUAGUCUCCCAUAUCGUUUUUAAGGUGAAGUGACCAAAUCUGUCUUCAGUAUUCCAGAUGUGGUCACAGCAUAGAUUUGUAUUUAAAUUCUAAACGGCUGGCAGAAGUCUGUGCACUUUCCCACCCAAUUUUCUGUUUUGGCAGUUUCAUCCUGUACAGUUUGGUGCUUCUAAGCCCAUUGAUUUCAUUGGGCCUUAUGACAUCGUAUUGAGCUGUUAAUGUAGUUAAUGUUUAAAAAUGGUGAGGACAUGCUUGAUUAAAUGACGAUUUCAGUUGAAAUUGGGGGAUUAAGGACUCUUCUAUAGACUCAUUAGUUGUGGUCUGUUGAAGUUAGCUAUCUUUCUUAUUGAGGUAGAUUUGCAUGUUUGUACCAUCCGGUUUGCUUCCAUAUUUUAAGUGCAGGGUUGGGGAUAAAGUCUGGGUUGAUUGAGGUAAUUUUUAUGUUGCAUAAGUUAAAAUGUUUGCAGUGGGCAUGUUUAUGAAAUUUGAGAGUGUUGCCUAUUAAAAUAUAUAGAAAAGAGAGCAAUGAAAUUAGUUAUCCUAAAUUGUCGUCACUUCUAGUCAGUUGUUGCAUUGGCAAUUCACAGGAGGAAACUUUUAUCUACAUUUGUUGGCUAUGAGGACAAAAGUGCACUGAACUACUUUGAUUAAUUUAUACGCUAUUCUGAGCCAACACUUAUAGUGCUUUUUUUAAUAUACGGAUGAACACACAACUUUUUAAAAACUCAAUUUUCGUUUUUAUAGUCUGUGCAGAUCUGAUCAGAGGUGCUAAGGAAAAGAACCUAAAAGUGAAAGGACCUGUCCGCAUGCCCACCAAGGUAUGUAACUGCAUGCACAUUCUUAUCCUGAAUGUUUUUAAGUUUAAAUUCUUUCUUGACAUCACUUCUUCCUUUGCUUCAUAGCUUUUACAGAUGGAAGAUCCUCUUAAUAAGGCCUAUCAUUGCAUCAUAUUUUACUUGCUUUGUAGUGAAUAUAUUGGUUAGGGAUGGAGAAGGAGAUAGAACUAGUAUAGUAAUGUGUAGUAUAGUAUUGAAUAGAUUUUUUAAAAAUAAGUUAGAGAUGUAUAAACAUUAGAAGGUACAUACAACAUGGUACCUGAACUGGGAACUAUCUAGUAAGCACCUAUGGUACCUGUCUUUAACCAAAGAUGCUACGGUAGUGUGGUAUAAAUGAGUCUGUAGUUACUGGCAAGUCAACAUAGCAAUAUGAUGCUUGUAAACUCUUCAAUCCUUCAUAAUGGGGCUAUUUGCUGAGGUAACGUUGAUCAACUGCUCUGUUAUCUCCUUGAUUUCCCCAGGGAUGCAAGUUUCUGCAAAGCUCUAUAGACAUCUAACAUAGCAUUAAGCAAGUGUCGCAUCAUGUUCAUUCCUUGAGUUUAAGGAAUAUUUUGGUGUGACAGCAACUAAUCUCUGAAAUGCCUUGUCUAUUGAUAUUAGGGAAGGUACUUGGUUGUAUUGUUUUUUAUGCUUGCAACCCCACCCCAUUUUUCUCAAAGGCAGGCCUUUAAUAUGUAUAUUUGUUUUUAUAACUUGGUUUUAUGUAUAUUUUGAUAAUUUUAUUACACCUCAUGUUUUAAUGUCUGUUUAUUUCUAUUUUGAAUGAAUAUUUUAUGUAAAUACCUCAUUUUUUUAUUAACCUUGCUAAAUAUAUGAAAUAAACAUUUUACUCACAUUUUAGACUCUGCGAAUCACCACAAGGAAAACACCAUGUGGUGAAGGUUCCAAGACCUGGGAUCGUUUCCAGAUGCGCAUUCACAAGCGUCUCAUUGACUUGCACAGUCCUUCGGAGAUUGUCAAGCAGAUAACUUCUAUCAGUAUUGAGCCUGGAGUAGAAGUUGAGGUUACCAUUGCUGAUGCCUAAAUGAUUGUCAUCUGCUUCAAUAAAAGUUAAUAUCAACUUUUACUUUUU